AUGCCCCGGGAUGAGAACCUGGCCAAAGUAGAGAUCGCGCUGCUCAGCGUCAUCUUCGUCAGUGCCGCUAUCCUGAACACAGGGCUACUACUGGUUCUGUGGAAGCGGCGCAAACAGGUAUCCACGAUGCGUGUCUUGGUGUUCCACCUUUGCGUUGCGGACCUGGUUGUGGCGUUUUUCCAGGUGUGCCCGCAGCUCAUGUGGGACAUUACGGACAGAUUCAUCGGACCGGACCUGGUGUGCCGCUUGGUGAAGUAUCUGCAGGUCGUAGGCAUGUUUGCGUCCACCUACAUGAUCGUAGUGAUGACCAUUGACCGCUACCAGGCUAUCUGCAACCCUAUGGUCAAAUUUCAGAGGAGGCGCAAGCGCUGGAACAUCCCUGUUUGCAUCGCCUGGGCGAUCUCCCUCGUGGGCGGCCUGCCCCAGAUCUUCAUCUUCUCGCGGGUUCAGGUGGCGCCCGGGGUGUUCGACUGCUGGGCGGACUUUAUCCAGCCCUGGGGCUUGAAGACCUACAUCACCUGGACCACGAUGGUUAUCUUUGUCUUGCCCAUUUUGACCGUGGUGGUGUGCCAGGUGCGAAUCUGUCGAGCCAUCCAGAAUAACCUUUACUUAAAGACGCACCAGGAUGGGGGUAGCGGGGUUGCCUUUCAGCUGCCCUCCAGAACCAGCAGCGUGGCGGGGGUGUCCAAAGCACGAAUCAAAACUGUGAAGAUGACAGUGGUUAUCGUACUUGCCUACAUCAUCUGCUGGACUCCGUUCUUCACGGUCCAGCUUUGGUCUGUGUGGGACAAGGACGCGCCAACAGAAACCGCAACGUUCACCAUCCUGAUGCUGUUGGCAAGUCUGAACAGCUGCGCAAACCCCUGCAUCUACCUGCUCUUCAGCGGCCAGCUGCCCAAUAAGCUGAUGGUGCUGUGCCGAAGGCCUUCCAACGGGAAAGACUCCAUUAACUAUGAGGCCACAGUGGUCAGCUCGCUCUACAUGAGCUUCAAAAGCAUCUCCGACUCCAAAUAG